AUGAAGAACUCUGUGUACGCUACUGCCGCCCUGGUGGCCGCUGCCGCUGCCGACUCUGUCGGAAGCGCCAUCGUCGUCAACAAGUGCAACUACGACGUGACCCUCGUCAACGUUCCUUCCGCCAACGGUGGUUACUCUGAGGUCGACAAGACUCUGUCUCCUUCCGACACCUACACCCAGAAGUGGACCUCGCUUAGCAACGGAAACGGCUGGUCUAUCAAGCUCUCCAACAGCACUUCGCUCGACAACAUCCUGCAGUACGAGUACACUUACCAGAACGACGGAACCAUUUGGUAUGACUUGAGCGAGAUCAAUGGCAACCCAUGGAACGGUAACUGGGAGAUUACCGCCAACUCUGGCGCCUGCACUCCCAAGCAGCAGGCUUACCGCUACGCUACCGAUGAUGCCUAUGGCAUGCAGUCCUGCGCUGCCGAUGCCAUCAUCACCGUCACUCUUUGCUCCGGCGAGGACCAGAACGACAGCGCCGCUUCUUCCGCUUCCACCUCGGUUGCCGCAGAGUCCACUGAGUCUCACUCUGUCUACUCGGCUACCGCUUCCGCUCCCGCUACCAGCCAGGCUCCUACCAGCACCCACCAGAUCUUCUGGGUCACCGCUUCCGUCCAGGCUCCUGCCACCACUCUCCAGACCUCUGUCAUCACCCAGGCCCCUAGCGCCGACAGUGCUGAUGUUAUCGUGACUGCCACUUACGUGGUCACCACCACUCAGUGGACCCACUCAUGGGGCAAGCGCGAGCAUCAACACCGCCGUCACCCCCACGGCAACUAG